AUGGAAAUCUCAACACCCCAUGUGCUAGCGAGACUGCCUCGUCCUGCUAGGCAUGACGCCAACCCUCGUUUUGGCACUGUGUAUGCUGUGCGCGACGGACUGAAGAAGCGCAGGAAAGAGAUUUGCGUGGCCGUGGAUGGAGACUCCCUCGGGCUGUAUGAGAUCCAAAAUGGAACGAUCCUAGCCUCUUAUCCCGUGCCUCCUACCACACGUUAUUUUGGCCCACCAUGUUCAAUUCGCGAAGAAUCGCUGGGGCAAAUCCGUCGAAGGACAUACUGUGCGACAAAGCGAGACACAUUACGCAUCGAAUCUUUCCAGAGCUCAGGGGAUGACACAGUCCGCGCCUCACAGUGUGUGAGUGUAGCAUUGGAUGAACAAGAGUACCCUGUCGUACUGCUUGAAGUUCUGCUUAGAGGUCGAGAAAAAGAGCUGUUGGUGGUCCAACAAAACGGUACCCUAACAAGUUUCUCUGAAGAAUUGAACGCCACAUUAUUCAAGGGCGCUCUUUGUUCCAAACGACAUCCAAACAUCAAAGUACUUGCUGUUCAACAUCUUACUGGUUCGGAAGCCCUGAAGACUGUUCUAAAGCAGAGGCCAGAUCUGCUCAGCGAGGUUGCUCCAGCUGGUUCCUACUUGGCGGUCGCAUAUUGCAAAACCGAGCAUUCGGCUAAUCCCAACAGCGUGUUCUACGGUGUCUGGUCAGUUGAAACAAUCGAUCGAAAUCUGGCUGCUCAUAGGGUAUCGAUUUAUCCAUUGUUCGACCACGAACUGUCGUUGGGAGGAAACAACUCCAAGUCACUUUCGCCGAAGGAUCGAUCUUACACCUUUAACCUCAGGGCAUCGCAUCUAUUCCUUCGUGCCGGAGAAUCAUUUUACUCGUAUGAUUUGACCGGCCUAGUACCUUCAUUGUCUUCUGCCCUACACACGAGUCUGAACUGCUCUUACGAAAUCAUGGCCAUUUCUCCCGCGUUCGCCAUCUGCUCCUUUGAUGAGUCAGUUCAGCUUUAUGACCUCAAAUUUCAGUCCGUUCAGGCUCAAAUUGACGCGAGAAAGGGGAAUCUCAAGCGGAAACGCAUGAGAAUGGCCGUCCAAGAUCGGAGUGGUCCCAUCGAAUUUGUCGCAUACUAUCCCCAUACUGCUCGUGUCAUCGGAUGGAGGCGUCAUCAACUCCUUGCAAUAGAUAUUUCUGGUAGCUCAUCAAAACGACUACUGGAAACCGGAAGCAAACUUCUCCAAAACGUCGGACGCGGUGUCAGUAACCACGAGACUCUGCCUAGUGCUCUCGAUGGGCGGUUGUCUGCGAUCGGCUCCGCAACUAUCAUUCCGGAGUCUCCUGUCGGCUGGCAGCCCGUCAGACAACGCCUUGACCAGCUCGCUGGGACUGGCGAUGUCGCCGGCUUCGAAAACGCUGUCAUCAACGACAUUCGGCAGGCUAUCAUGCAGUCUUCGGCUCGCGGAGGACCCAGUGAGGACUUGCCUCUGGAUCGUAUGGCGGUCCCAGACUUCAAGAUCAACUAUCUUCUGUCGAAGAUCUUCCAGGUAGCCGCGACGUCAAAUGCGCAAGACAACGCACCCAACCCCACAGAGACGCGAUUGGAGAUCCGGAUACCGUCAUUCAAACUCAUCCUAUGGUUGUGCCGGGUAGGGUUGCUGUCCGCCCAGCACCUGGGGAUUGCAAUUUCGAGUUCCCCUUCUGGGCCUGGGUUGACGAAUGUCGGCGUACAUGCGGUUGCACGAGCUCUCCUCGAGGCAGAUCCGUCGUAUAACUUGCUGGCAGAGUGUCUGGAAAGUGGGUUCAGUCCAUAUGUGGAGGAGCAAGCGGCGAUAGUUCAGCUUCUCAUCCAACAGGCUCUGGCUACGUCGUCUGGGGCCGCGGUUCCUGACGCAGACCGCCGAACAGACCCGGUGGAGACUGACACUCCCUUACCUCUCGCCGGCCCGCAGGUUCAGGCACUGGCCGUAUCAGCGACAGACACUCCGUGGCUACCUCCUCAACUUCAAAGAUCGCUAAUCGAAGCGCUGGAUAGACUCGGCGUUGCUGCGGCUUCAGUUAUUUCCGUCAACUUAAAAGCUUUGCUCUCCCACACCGAAGCGCUGGCUCUCAUUCAGUUCUUACGGCAGCAACUCUUCCAAGGCGGUCACACGCGCUCCUUUCAAAACUUGAGUGUGAACGCCGACUCUCUACCAACUGUCAAGCUCACUGCUAGUAUCAAGAUAUUGUCAGCCUGCGUCGACACCAUUGGACCUCUCGGCUUCUUUGAGACUCUAGAUCACGAAGAUUUUAUGGGCAAUAUUAUACCCGACUUGGUGACGGAGAUUACACAUGCCAGACAGAGCCUGGAAGACGUGGCGGAGUUGCAAGGGAUUCUCCGCGAGACGUUGAGAUACCAGGAAUCUAUGCGAAAGCAACAAGCUGCCGGCGCCCGUGUGCCUUUCUAUGGAACUGGAUUACCAGCCCCUAAUCAGCGUCCGGGAGCCAUCGUGACGCUGUACUCGGAGACUGCCGAGGGGGAAGAAGACCUGCAACCUGGUCCAGGUCUCCCGCUGAGCCUGAAGGUCGAGAAUGUAGUCAGCGCAGUGAAGAUCAGGAAUGGUGGUGGCCAAUUAAAACAUCGGACCGUCAGGCAGAAAAAGAUGCUCGAGAGGAAAAAUAAAGGCCGGUACUCGUUUGAGCGACUGGCUUUGUGA